AUGACCACUAUUGGUUCUAGUGCGUGUCAACUUAAGUGCGCGGACACGCUGGUGUCGGACAAGCGCGUGUACUUCACGUUCGCCCGCACGCUGCCGCCCUCCAGCAAGAUCUCCAAGUCGGUGGUGGCGCUGCUGCGCGCCUUCUCCUGGGGGAAGUUCGUCGUCGUCGCCGGCCGCCGCGUCGCCUGGGCCGAGCAGGUGCGCGACGCCAUCAAGGAGCUGGCCGCAGUCCACGGGCUCCAGCUGACUGACACGUGCCUCUUCUCAGAGAGGGACUACGUCUCCAUGAAGCCUUCAAUACAGGAGAUGGACCGCAUCGUGGCUGACACCUUCCAGAGGACUAGAGUGUACGUCUUCGUUGGAAAGCACAUGGCGCUAAUGGACUUCGUCAAAUGCCUGCAGCGUCGUCAUCUUCUCGACUCUGGUGACUACAUCGUCAUCUCUGUGGACGAUGAGAUAUAUGACCCUAGCAAGAAGCUUAACGUGUUGCACAGAGUCUACUUAGACCCGUACCUGGAGGGCGACGCCGACAACGCUUUCGACGUGACGGACGUCCCCGCUCUACGCUCGGUGCUGAAGCUGUCUCCCUACUACCCCAAAAGCAGUCGCUACGAGGAGGUUUGUGAACAGAUCAGAAACUUCUCAACAAAGCCACCCUUCUGUGUACCAUACCACCACUCCGUGUUCAGAAGUAUAUCGGUACCAAUCGAAGCGGCGCAUCUGUAUGAUGCUGUUAUGAUAUACGCAAGAGCACUGACGGAAGUUUUUGCUGACGGUGAAAAUCCAACGAACGGGACAGCUGUAAUUGAAAGAAUACGGGACAGAUCAUAUCACUCUGUCAAAGGACAUGAUGUAUACAUAGACGUAAAUGGAGACGCCGAGGGCAACUACACAGUGAUGGCUCUGAUGGAGGAUGAAUUGAUGAAUGGCACGUUAAGCGUCAGUAUGCAGCCAGUUGGGUUCUUCCAGUACGCUCAUGACAACGGUAACAGCAUUACCGACUUGCCGGAGUUCCGGUACUUGGACGAGAGCCGGCCCAUCCGGUGGGUGGGCGGGCGGCAGCCGCGCGCCGAGCCGGCCUGCGGCUUCCGCGGGGAGCGCUGCGCGCCGCGCGCCCACUGGCGGCUGCUGCUGGCCCUGGCCGCGCUCGCUGCGCUCGUCGCCAUCGCCGGCGUCUUCGCCUUCAGGCACUACAGAUAUGAACACAAGCUUGCAUGCUUGCUGUGGAAGAUAGACAUGAAAGAUGUCACUAUAAUACCCACGGAGUCUGCAGAAUCAUCAGGUGGAAACAGAAGUAUGAUACGAGUUUGCCACAAUAGUGUCUUCCAUGAUCCAGAAUCAUUAAUGGGAGAGCAAACAGAAGCCAGCCCUAAACGUGCUUACACAAAAAUAGGACUCUACAAAGGAAAUAUUGUUGCCAUCAAGCCAGUUUAUAAACGCAGUAUUGACAUUACUCGCAGUAUUCGAAAAGAACUAAAACAGAUACGGGAGGUACGACAUGACAAUAUCAUACCAUUUAUUGGUGCCUCUGUUGAUCAUGGAAACUUGUGUGUAUUAACAGCGUAUUGUGCUCGUGGAAGCUUGGAAGAUGUUCUAGCAAAUGAAGACUUACAUCUGGACAACAUGUUUGUAUCUUCUCUUGUGUCUGAUAUUGUAAAGGGAUUGACCUACCUGCAUGACAGUGAAAUACUAUCACAUGGAAAUUUAAAGUCAAGUAAUUGCUUGGUUGAUAGUCGAUGGGUUCUUCAGAUAUCUGAUUUUGGUCUACAUGAAUUUAAAGCUGGCCAAGAUGAACCAGACUUUGAGGCCAAGGAGCUGCGACGUAGCCUCUGGAGGGCACCUGAGCUGCUGCGUUGUGAACAUUUUCCUCCAAGAGGGACACAGAAGGGUGAUAUCUAUUCAUUUGGCAUUGUUCUAUAUGAAAUUGUAGGCCGGUCUGGACCAUGGGGCCACACAACUCUGACAAAUGCAGAAAUUAUCGAAAGGGUGCGGAAUCCAUCUUCAGGCAGGUAUUUUCGGCCACCUACUGAUGGUCUCAUGGCUGCUGAAUACGUGGUGCGUUGCAUGCAGAGUUGUUGGGAUGAAGAGCCAGACCAACGCCCUGACAUUCGCUUUGUAAGGGUCAAGCUAAAGGAAAUGCAAGCUGGUCUAAAACCAAAUAUUUUUGACAAUAUGUUGGCUAUUAUGGAAAAGUAUGCUUACAAUUUGGAAGAAUUAGUGCAAGAGCGAACAAAUCAACUUACAGAGGAAAAAAAGAAAACUGAUGCUCUUUUGCAUCGAAUGUUGCCCAAAACUGUGGCAGAGGCAUUAAAAAGAGGUGAUCCCGUUGAAGCAGAGAGUUUUGACUGUGUUACAAUAUACUUCAGUGACAUUGUUGGAUUUACUGAGUUAUCUGCUGUCAGCACUCCAUUACAGGUUGUUGACUUGCUGAAUGAUCUGUACACUUGCUUUGAUUCAAUUAUCUCCAAUUAUGAUGUCUAUAAAGUUGAGACUAUUGGUGAUGCAUACAUGGUAGUAAGUGGUCUACCUGUGCGUAAUGGUGACCGACAUGCGGGUGAGAUAGCUUCAAUGGCACUGCACCUACUCACAAGAAUAAAAUCUUUCAAAAUUCCUCAUAGAGCUGGUGAAACUCUGAAACUACGUAUUGGCAUACAUUCAGGGCAUUGUGUAGCAGGAGUUGUUGGUUUAAAAAUGCCUCGGUACUGUCUGUUUGGAGACACAGUAAAUACAGCUUCUCGAAUGGAGUCAACAGGAGAAGCUUUCAGAAUACAUAUCUCAGAAGCCACAAAGUGUCUUCUGGAUAUAUUGGGAGGUUAUCACAGUGAAGAACGUGGUAUGACACACAUAAAGGGAAAAGGAGAGAUGAGGACAUACUGGUUGCUUGGCAAGGAACCUGCAUGGCAAAUGUCACAUAUACUUGAUGAAACACAUGGUUCCUCAUACAGCAGCAUCAGUUCAGACAGGUUGGAGACACCAGAUCUGUUACGACGACCAUCAGGGGGGCAGCCAUUGCCAGGAGGCUGCACAUUGCCUGGAGUGUCAUGGCCAGAUCCAGGGUUUAAACCAUGGCCGGUGCAUGUCAUAGGGCCUUGGAUAACAAGUCAACCACCUGACCGCUGCAUGCUGCGAGCCAGGGCUGCUCUUGCACAUGCCCAGGGUUUCCUCACUGGGACUGGAAGCUGCUCAAAUGUCGUGCAUACACCAGUUCAUGUUUUCAAGAGUGGAAGACAUAAUUGUGGACGCUCACAUCAGUCAGAGCCAAAUGUCAUUUUUCGUGACUGCAGUCCUCAUGUAUGACUAUUGUACUAAUGGCUGCAGUCUGAUACAAGUCACUGCUCCAGUGGCACUGCUAUCUCUAUACCUGUGCUAUGUUACCAGAAGUGGAGAAAUCCCUCUGUUUUCAUCUCCUAUGAAUUUACAACUUGUACCACAUUGUUGUUUCAUUUAGAUCUUGUAAAUGUAAGCACAGCUAACCCAUAGCUUUAGGAACAGGUUUUUUCCAGAUCAUAUUUGAGAAAUAAGUAUUUUCAGAUUUCCUUUCUAUCUUGUGUGUGCAUGAUUUUUAUGUAUUCUCUUAUAAAUCAUAGGACAAGGUACUGGCAAUGUAAGGAAAGGUGAUUAUGGUAUAUGGCAACACAUGCUUUAGUCAAAUUUAUUGAUGUCUGAUGACAGUCUGAAACAUUUGUCUAAAAUGUUACAUAGCAUAUUUGGGUGAGGUAAUCCCUUGCUGGCCUGCUGGCUUCCAUCAUGUACUAAUCACAUAUUUAUUUGGCGCAUAUAAAUGAUACGUCUAUUUUUGAUAAGUAAAAAGAUUUGGAAAGGCAGCAAAUCUAAUGUAUCAUACAAAGAAAGAAACAAGGCCACAUGUAAUUAAAAACAGGGCUAGAAAUAUAUUAUACACUAUUUAAAAAAGUACAUACAAAUGAUGUGAUGAUAAUAGAAACUACAAGGUUACAUAUUUUAUAUAUAAAAUAAUAAUUUAGAAAGGUAUUAAAGAGAUAUAGGAUUGGAGGAAAUAGUAUGAUGAUCACAUAUUCCUGCAGUGGUGUCAUGUUGAUGUCUUGUGGAAUGAGACUAGUAUCAGUGCCAAUGGCAGCAGCAUUAUAAAGGGAAAGAAAAGCUGUCCUCCACAAAUUUGGGUGAAAGGAUACAUUAUAAUAUAUUAGAUCUCCAGAUUCUUUGUUCUCUCUGACUUUCACUUCCUUUUGUUAUAAUCAUUGAUGUUUUUAUAACAAAUGGUCUCAUUGCAGUUAUAUCAUUCUUCAGUGUUAACCAAC